UUUUAAUAUAUGCCACUUGAGGAGAAAUUUCAUUAUUUUAUGUUUCAGAACCCAUGCUGAUAACAUGUAGAGUUGCUCAGAAACCACAUGUUACCGGCAUGGGUUAUGUAAGCAGCACGUCCAUUAGUGUGCUUUCCUAGUCUCAGGGAUAUAACUAAUGUAGUAUUACUCGAACUAGACUUACAAACAAAUAUUUAUAUAUAAACAAUCGAUGUGCUUAGAAAAAACAGGAGCCAUACUAUUUGGCACAAGAGACAUGGCUUCAUGUUAAGUUCAAAAAUAUUAAAGGAGAAGGUGCAUGACGAACAGCAGCAGUGUGAUUGUGACUGAGAGACUAAGAAUGUUGUACCCCCACUAAGUGAACCAUCAGUGCCUGCAUCCUCUCACUAUGUCUGCCAUAGCCAACAAGGAAUAUAUGCCAAGAAUUUCUCAGCUAGAUUCAAUGUUACUCAAUAAUGAGGUAUACUCCCUAAUUAAAAAUCAGUUACUGAGUGCCGUAAAAUAUAUUGGUCAAAGCUUUAUUACUAAACUGGAGCCAGAAAUUGAUGCAGCUCUUCAGUAUUUAAUAUUGAGAAAUACUGUCCAUAAAGAAAGAAGCUCAGUUGGCCAGCAGCUUCUGCAAAUAAAAUAUGAAGACACAAUUUCACCACAGAAACUCCAUAGCUAUAUAUUGACUUUAGUUUUGGGCAGUUGGAUCAGACAUAGAACUGGGUUCUUAACAUAUACUUUUACAAAGAAUAAUAAUAUCAAAGACAUUGCUAAUCAUUGUGUUAGUGGAUUUGAAACUGUUUUCAGAAUUCUACAGGUUGUCAAUUUGCUGGUGUUCCUUCAAAGGGGAUAUUAUCCAACAGUUCCUGAAAGACUAUUUGGUCUUAGACACGUAUCGGCAAAUCCGGGUAAUGUGCGUAAAAUAUCUUACACAUAUUUCACAAGAGAGUUGUUGUGGCAUGGCUUUGCAGAACUUCUGGCAUUUAUUUUACCGUUGAUCAAUGUGCAAUAUUUCCAUAAUGUUGUAAGAAAAUUGGUGCCAAGUUUAAGUGAAAAUAACAGCAAUACAGUAGAUGAACCAGAAAUUGAUUUUACACCUCAAACAAGAUGUGUUAUUUGCAACAGACGUCCAAUUCUUCCUCAUAACUUUGGAUGUUGUCACUUGGCAUGUUACUACUGCAUUUACUCAAGUUAUUCUUCUGAUCCACUUUUAUCUUGUCCUCUGUGUGGUCACAAGAUUGAGAACAGUGUUCAAAUAGUGCCAACCAUUAUUUAGUUUCAUUUGCUUCAUGUAUUACAUAAAAGUUGAUCAUAAGGGGACAGUAGAGAAACAUUUAGGAAUUAAAAAAUAUACUAUAUGUGUACUAAGUUUUAUACUGGUAUACCAUUAAUUUAUAAGUUCAGAAUGUAUGUGCUGUGAAUGCAAUUUCCUUUACAGUGCAACUGUAUAGGAAAUUGUUUUCUCAUGAUCAUAACAAUUGUUUUCUCAUGAUCAUAACAAUAAUGAAUAAUUCAGGAAACAACAAACUGUGUCUAUUGUUUCCAAAAUCAGUUCACCCAGAUCAUAACAAUAACAGACAAUUCUGGAAGUAAUGUACAGUUAACCCCCGGAUUAAGACGUCAUCAGAUAAAGUAACGUUUUUUGCAUCAAAAUAUUGGCUCGGUUAACAACAUUGAACUCAGUUAAAGUCAUUCGUCCCAAAUGUGUCUGUGCGCCGUGAGUGGCCCAGACACUCCAUGUACAGCCAGUGUGACAUUGUUUACCAGCCAGUGAGGUCGAUUCCACACGUACAUGCGAUACAUUUUGUAUUAUUCCAUUGUUUUUUAGUGCUUGAAACUGCUAAAUAAGCCACCAAUAAUAGUGCCAGCCCUUUGGUAAAGAGGGUGAGAAACACUAUAGAAUUCAAGAAAAAGUUUGUAGAAACAUAGGAAAGUGGUGGUGGUAGUGAUGGUGGUACACCAGCCAGGGUACUUCCCCACACACCAGCCAGGGUACUUCCCCACACACCAGCCAGGGUACUUCUCCACAUACCAGCCAGGGUACUUCCCCACAUACCAGCCAGGGUACUUCCCCACACACAUGAUUUGAUUUGAGUGGGACUUGUGCAUCAGUGAAUAGAAUUAUCAAAGCUUAUUGCUUGGGAAGCAUUGAAAAUUGUGUUGGGCAAAUGCAAUUCUUUUAGUGGGAUGGUUUGUGAAGGACCUGCCUAGUAUGGACCAACAAGCCUGCUGCAUUGUUCAUGCUUUCUUAUGUGCAAACAUUUAUGGAUGAACAUCACCCUGACACAGUUGUUGCAGGUCGUGCUGGCAACAUCUACAAUGACAGUGUUGUGUCCCAUUUUAGGGAAAUCUUAAAGAGAUGCCAGAAACAGAGCUCUAUGGACAGAUAUUUAGUGCCACAGGUGUGCAGUGACUCAAGCUGGUCCUAGUGGCAUUAAAAGCAAAGAAGGGAAGUAACCCCAGAAAAGCACUUGGUACUGGAAGUCUUUAUGGAAGAGGAUUCCCCAUCCAAACAAUAGUACACCUCCAUCCUUUCCCCCUCCUCCGAUCUCAUCACUUAUCAAAAAGUCUUCAAUAAAGGUGUCAUUUUAGUAAUGUUUUAGUCUGCAUGUCUCAUUGUUUUCUGGGGAGGGAAAUGUAUAUUUAAUGUAAAAAAAUUAUUUUGUUUAAUACUUCUGGGUGUCUGGAACAGAUUAAUUGGAUUUCCAUUAUUUCUUAUGGGGAAAAUUAAUUCGGAUUAAGUCAGAUUCGGUAUAAGACACUCUCUCUGGAUCGGAUUAAUUAUGUUAUCCGUGGGUCCACUGUACUUUGUUGUUUUUAGAUGUCUGGACAUUGGAUGUUAUCAGAUCAAUCUGAAAUCCUAAUGUAAUUGAGGUUUUACUGUAUUGUACACUCAGUGUACCUGUAACUAAUGUUCUGUUAACAGUCUCUCCCAGUCUAAUGUUUUAUCAAAUUUUAGCCUAACAUAAAUAUACAAUAUAGAAAAAUCAAAAGAUUACUGAGUAAAUGGAAACCAACCUGUGGAUACUAGUACUGUUUUAAGGUCAGGUUUUCUGAAAAAGAAAAGGCAUUCUCUUGUAUUUGAUGUUUUAUCUAAGUUUAGGCAACACUUAUAUGCUGUAUAUGGAAAAAAUAGUACAGUACAUAAAUAACAAUAGUUUUUAAUUAAGCUAAUAGUGUAUUUGAGUCAUUGUAUCAGCAUUAAGUGAAUAGUACUGCCAGGUGCUUUAUACAGUUCAGUGCUUGGAAGAGGAAGAGGAGGAGGAGGGGGGCCUUGCAGGGUAAUAGCAUUCUAAAGCAAAUUUUGUCUUAUCCUGAUUACAAAAUUAAUUUUAUUAAAUGUGUUACAUUAU